AUGGCGGAGGCACUAGCUCAGAACGUCAUCACUUCAUUCGUGCAGGGAGUGAUAAGUUCAAAUCUGACAAACCUGAAUAAUCUGGCAUUAAAGGAAGCGGGCCUUUUGCUGGGUGUUCGGGGAGAAAUCACCUAUAUAAUUGAGGAGCUUGAGAUGAUGAAGGCCUUUCUCAGAAGUGCAGAAGAGAAGCAGGAGACGGAUUCCAUGGCGAGGGUAUGGGUGCGGCGCGUUAGAGAGGUCUCCUUGGACAUGGAGAACUGCUUGGACAAGUUUGAAAUCUACUUAAAACGUCGACCAAAUUGCAAUUUUUUAGAUUGGUUGGAUUGUCGGCUUCAAGCGCUUUGCACGUUACCUGUUCGCCAUGAGAUUACAGCAGAGAUUCAAGACCUCAAAUAUAGGAUUGCUCACAUAAGUGAUUGUCAAUUGCGUUAUGGCAUUACUCCAAUAGUUUCUGGCUCCUAUAAUAUUUCUAGCUCAAUGAGCCCCCGCUUCAUCGACCAUCGACUCAGUGCCUUAUUCAUGCAAGAGGCUCAAUUGGUGGGUAUUGAUGAACCUAGAAAAAAUCUUACAAAUUUACUCAUUAGGGAUGAGCAACAACGUAGGGUCAUCUCUGUGUUCGGCAUGGGAGGACUUGGUAAGACCACUCUCGCAAAAAGGGUAUAUGAGGACCUGCAAAUGGCAGGUGAGUACUUUGACUGCCGCGCCUGGAUUGCCAUCUCACAGACAUUCAAUAUAAAUGUACUUCUGAGAGACAUCAUCAAGCAAGUCAAAUCUCCUGACCAUAAAGUGGAUAUUGAGGAAAAACAAAAGAAUUCUACUGACAAAACAAAAAGUAUUGAUGAUAUUGACAAAAUACAAAGUCAGGAAGAUCUCAUCAAAGUACUUCAAACAUCACUACAAAAUAGGCGUUAUAUUAUAGUGUUGGAUGACAUAUGGAGCAUUGUUGCAUGGGAGACCAUAAAACAUGCUCUACCUGAAAACAACAAUCAAAGCAGAUUAAUAGUCACAACUCGGAUAGAGGAAGUUGCGAACAACUGUUGCGCCGAUGCCGGUGGGGCUGACUACGUGUACAAGUUACAACUGCUCUCAAAAGAAACGUCAAUGGAGUUGUUCCAAAAGAGAGUGUUUGAUCCCGGUAAGCGCUGCCCCGAGCAUCUAGAGAAUGUAGCCAAUGAUGUUGUUGCAAAAUGAGAUGGACUUCCACUUGCCAUUGUUGCAAUGGCCGGCGUUCUCAAAAGCAUGCCAACCCUCGACGACCAUCAGCAAUGGACUAACUUGCUCAACAACUUAUCCUCAAUGCUUGAAACCAAACCAAGCCUUGAAGGCAUGAAGCAGGUGUUGCUUCUUAGCUAUAAUCACCCCCCAUACCUUCUCAAGCCCUGUUUUUUAUAUAUGUGCAUUUUUUCAGAGAACCAUCUCAUAAAACGCAAGAAUUUGAUUCGACUCUGGGUAGCUGAGAGGCUAGUGAGCAACCAAUAUGCCAUUAGCGCAGAGGUUGUAGCAAAGUACUAUUUCAAUGAGCUGGUUAGUAGAAGUCUUAUCUUGCCGUCAGAAGUGGGUUGGAGUGGGAAGGUAAAAAGCUGUCGAAUUCAUGAUGUCAUGCUUGAAGUUAUUGUCUUUAAGUCAAUGGAGGAAAAUAUGGUUUCAUAUCAUGGUAAGCAGAGCAUAGCAACUCUUCAAGCUGAAAAUGUGAUUCGACGAUUAUCUCUUCAGAAAGAAAGCAAUCUAAUUAGAGGCAUACCAAAUAACAUUGACCUAUCACAUGUUACAUCAUUGUCAAUUUAUGAUUUUGAAAAGAUCCCAGCCUUUCUUCCAAGAUUCAAAUUAAUUAGAGUCUUGGUGUUGGAAUAUUAUAAAUUUGACUAUGAAGCAAAAGAUGGUAGCUUCUUAAGAAUUCUUUCAAAGUUAAGGCAUCUUCGAUACUUGAGCCUGAAAGGAACUUCUCUAAGUUCUUUAUCAAAAAAAGUAGAGUGUACUUUCUCCAAAUCCUUAAGUAAGCUUCAAAAUUUGGAGAUACUAGACUUACGUGGUGCUGGCUUAAACCAACUAUUUUCUUCAGUUGCAAAACUUCCACAACUUCGUCAUCUUCAAAUGGGAAGCCAUAUCUCUCUUUAUGAACCAUAUAUUAGCAAAUAUAAUACUAGGAUGAAACUUGGAGUGUUGAGAAAUCUCAAAGAUCUGCAAACAUUGGUGGGCUUGAAGAUUAAUAAUAUGGAAAAAGCUAGGGAACUAGGCUACUUAACUCAAUUGAAUAAGCUAAAGAUCAAAGUGGAUAUAACAUCCCCAAAAACAUAUAGCUCCUUAUGUGCUUCUCUAGAAAAAUUAAGUGGAACUCUUCUUUCAUUGAGGUUUGAUGAGCAUCUGAAACCAUUAGGAAAAUUUAAUUUGAACAUAAAAAAUCCUCCUUCCUUGCUCCAAAGCCUUCAAAUACCAUCCAAUAUUAAUAUAUCACAUUGGCUUGGCUCUCUUAGUAACUUAGCAAAAUUGAGUGUACAUGUAGAAAAAAAGGAUGACUUGAAAGUCAUCAAAACUCUACCCAACUUGCUUUGCCUUACUCUAUCCAUGUAUUUCAACAUGGCACUAGAGUUGUCGUUUAGUAUAGGAGGUUUCCCAAACUUGAAGAUAUUAAAAAUUUACAGUCCAUAUCGAAUUUAAUUCCAAAUGGAUUGCAUGCCUGUUCUUCAAAAACUUGAUUUCAGUAAAUGCCAACAACUUGCAAGUGUCAUUGGAAUUGGAUUUUUUCCAUGCCUCCAGGAUAUUCGGCUUCAUACAGUGUCAAAGAAAUUUGUAGAAGUAUUGAAGUCGGAAGUGGAGAAACAUAAGAACAUACCCAAACUUAUGACAUUUCAUGUGAAAGAUAGAAACUAAAAUAAAAGCUUUUGGAUUAAAUGUGUGGCCUACAAGCAUAUAUCGAAGGUCCUCUUUUACAAGACUUGAUUUUGCAUGUUUUACUCCACCAACCAAACACUCCUACAUUUCUUGAAAUUGGACAUUUGCUAUCUUAUUUGAAAUUUAUCUCAUCAUGUAAGACUUCUUCUAAGUUCAAGAGCAUUGUCAUGCACAACACAAGUUUAUUAUAAGAUUAAUGC